CAAGGACUGAGUCGAAAGCCGCAACACGUAAGUACCUCUUGUGUAUAUGGCACGCGAGACUCCCUCGUUCCGCGUCCCGGGCGCUGGGCACUGGAAGCUCGUCGCUGAGCGCGAGCCCGCCGCCCGUCCCUCGCCGUUCGGCGGCGAAACCUCGAUCUCGUGGGCGCCGGCUCUCCCUGGCCCGCACAGCAUCGGCGAGGCGCCGAGCGACGCCGGCUUUAUGCUGUACCACGUCGGCGACACGCUCUGCUUCUUUGACCAGCGAGGCGCCAAGGCGGACUCGACGGACACGCUCCAGCUGCGAGACCGCGUCCUGUGCCACGACCUCCACUGGAGCUGCCCGCCUCCGGGCGCGGGCGCUGGCUCGAGCUCUGCCAACGGCGGCGGCGGCGGCGGGUUCGGCGGCGCAUCCCUCGAGGCGCUGGUCGGCCUCUCCUCCGGCGAGGUUGUGCUCUGGCGCCCGUUCUCGCGCCGUGAGACCUCGCGUGGCCUCUCGUCGGCUGUCGCCGGAGGUGCGUGCACGCGUGACAGCAGUGCGAGCGCCUGCCCAGCGGUGCCGAGCAGCUCCGCCCUCACUCCCUGCGAAGCGCCACCGCGGUCGCGCCUGCCUGUCCAGCCGCGUGCCACAUGCCCCAUGCCCCAGGAGGCGAGGGCGCCGUCGCCGACGCUCGCUGGCGGCCUUCUCCCGAGGCGGAGUCGGGCGUCUGCUUUGGCCUGGCGGGGGUAGAUGCGGGAGGACACGCGCG